AUGGAGACUUCGAUAUCUCCACCAGGAACAUCAAAGCAAUCAGCUGUCCGCAAACCUUCUCCUGGAAGCUCUCUUAAGGAUCUGUGCCUUGUUUCCAAACAAGGGUCAAUAGCUGAAGUAGAAUCUGCUUUGGCCUUGUUGAAAAAGAGUGGUGGGAACAUUGAUGGUAGAAAUGCAUUUGGCCUUAGUGCCCUCCACCUUGCAACAUGGAGAAACCAUCUACCCAUUGUGAGGAGACUCCUAGAUGCUGGUGCUGACCCAGAUGCAAGGGAUGGAGAAUCUGGCUGGAGUAGCCUGCAUAGAGCGCUUCAUUUUGGUCACCUGUGUAUUGCUGGUGUUCUUUUACAGUUUGGUGCUUCCCUCACUUUGGAGGACACUAAGGGCCGUACACCUGCUGACCUUCUCUCCUGUCCAGUAUCACAGGCGAAUGGAGAUUUUCCGGAUGCAGUUGCAACGGAAGUCUUCAGUUGGGGAAGUGGGACAAAUUAUCAGCUGGGAACUGGCAAUGCCCACAUGCAAAAACUACCAUGCAAAGUAGAAACCUUGCAUGGAUCAUAUAUCAAAACAGUUGCUGCAUCGAAGUUCCAUAGUGUAGCAGUUAGUUCUGAUGGCGAACUAUACACAUGGGGAUUUGGUCGAGGUGGUCGUCUUGGUCAUCCAGAUAUUCACAGUGGCCAGACAACUGCUGUGAUUACCCCUCGCCAAGUGACAGUAGGAUUAGGCCGUAAACGAGUUAAUGUUGUGGCUGCAGCCAAACAUCAUACUGUGAUUGCUACAGAGACGGGGGAAUUGUUUACCUGGGGAUCAAAUAGAGAGGGUCAGCUUGGUUACCCUUCUGUUGAUACCCAACCAACACCAAGGCGUGUUAGUUCGCUCAAGCAAAGGAUAAUUUCUGUAGCUGCUGCAAACAAGCACUCCGCUGCAGUUGCUGAUACUGGCGAAGUAUUCACCUGGGGUUGCAAUAAGGAGGGCCAGCUAGGAUAUGGCACUUCAAACUCAGCAUCAAAUUGUAUUCCAAGAAUGGUGGAGUACUUGAAAGGAAAAAUAUUUAGAAGUGUAUCUGCAGCAAAAUAUCAUACAAUAGUGUUAGGAGUUGAUGGAGAGGUGUUCACUUGGGGCCAUCGCCUUGUCACCCCACGGCGUGUUGUAGUAGCUCGAUGCCUUAAGAAGGGUGGGAAUACAAACCUAAAGUUUCAUCGUAUGGAACGACUUCAAGUGAUUUCAGUGGCUGCUGGAACAACGCACAGUACUGCUUUAACAGCUGAUGGUGCUCUUUUCUACUGGGUUUCAUCAGAUCCUGAUCUAAAAUGCCAGCAGAUAUUUUCAAUGUGUGGAAGGAAUAUUGUGAACAUCUCGGCUGGAAAGUACUGGACAGCUGUGGCUACAUCAACUGGUGAUGUUUUCAUGUGGGAUGCAAAGAAACGUAAGGAUGAAACGCCAAUCUUCACUCGGGUGCAUGGUGUUAAGCGAGCAACAUCUGUUUGUGUUGGUGAAACACACAUGCUUGUGCUCUCAAGUAUGUACCAUCCUGAGUAUCCGCCCAAACCUAAAAGCCAAGGCAUAAAAUCCAUGUUAGAAUGGAACAGUGGAACAGAAGAGUUGGAUGAAGAUAUCAUGUUUAAUGAUGUUCAGCCCAACAGUGGUUUAUCAGGAAGCAGCGGUGAAAUGAGCAAAGGUGUGCCUAGCUUGAAAAGCCUCUGUGAGAAGGUUGCAGUUGAGUAUUUAUUGGAGCCAAAAAACGCAAUACAACUUCUUGAAGUUGCUGAUUCCUUGGAAGCCAAGGAGCUCAAGAAGCAUUGCGAGGAUUUAGCUAUUCGCAACCUCGAUUACAUUUUCACAGUGGGAGCUCCUUCAAUUAUGAAUGCUUCUCCUGAAAUUCUUGUGAACUUAGAGAAACUGCUAGAUGAGAAAUCCUCGGAGCCUUGGAGUCAGCGCCGUCUUCCCACAAUGACAGCUACCUAUCCUGCUGUCAUUGACAGUGAUGUAGAGGAAGAUGAAGCAAGAGAAUUCCCUAAGCCCCGUAAAUGUGGGAGAUCAUCAAGGCCAUCUGCAAUGUCAAGUCAUGACAACUUCCUUCAGAAAGACUGCACUGCUGAACAAGCUGUCUCUAAGCAGAUCAGAGCACUUCGCAAGAAGCUGCAACAAAUUGAGAUUCUUGAGGCUAAACAACUUGCAGGUCAUCAGCUUGACAAUCAGCAGCUAGCGAAGCUUGAGUCUAGGGCUGCCCUUGAAGGUGAACUUGCUGAACUUGGCGUUCCCUCAGAGGCAUACUCAACUUCCUCUGCUUGUCCAGCAGAAGGUAGGACAAACAGAAAACCUGAGGUUUCUAAGAAACAGAAGAGAAAGAACAAGCAGGCUACACAGACUCUGUCCGUGAAAAGUGAGCCUGGGCAACAAAUCCCCAUUAUGGAUCUUCAAGAAGUUCUACCAGUCAAUAUCUCUGCUGAAAAGGAGGCGUAUGCUGCUGAUCCAAUCAAACAUAUAGAGGCUGCUGCUUUCAGCAACACAAAAGACAUUGCUUCUCCAUUGGAGAAGAAACCUUCCCAACCAACUUCAUCAAAAAAGAAGAAUAGGAAAGGUGGCUUGUCCUUGUUUCUGAGUGGUGCUCUCGAUGACACCCCAAAACCAAGCCUCCCUGCCCCUGUUGUGCCUAUCACACCAAAGCCUGAAGGACCUGCCUGGGGUGGUGCAAAGAUAACCAAGGGACCUGCUUCUCUUCGAGAUAUCCAAAGCGAGCAGAGUAAAACAAAUGAGCCCACUUCGGCUAAGGCAAAAGACCGCUAUGAGAACUCACCUGAUAGUGCUGGGCGUGUGCGACUUUCUUCAUUCAUUCCAGAUUCACAUUCAAGCCCAAUAGCUGUCACACCUGCUCGUGCGGUGCCUUCUUCUGAAGGUGACAAGAGCACACCACCAUGGUCAUCUUCUGCUACCUCACCCAAUGUAUCACGUCCUUCGCUCAGGGACAUACAAAUGCAGCAGAAGAAACGGCACCAUGGCAUCUCCCACAGCCCGAAAACCCAGACAUCAGGCUUCUCUAUACCGCACCAUGGCGGAUCACCAGAGGUUGGUGGUGUGAAAGACAACGUACCCAACCGCUGGUUCAGGCCAGAGAUUGAUGCUCCAUCCUCCAUCCGCUCUAUCCAGAUCGAGGAGCAGGCUAUUAAAGACUUCAAGCGCUUCUACAGCAGCGUGAGGAUUGUCAAGCCGCAGGAUCUAGUGCUGGCCGCGGCGGCCUCUUGGAAGAGUUACUGA